AUGACCGAGUACAUAGAGUUAGCAGAUGCUGUCCUCUUCUACGCCGUCAAACUGACAACCUCGCCGCCGCCACAGUUCAUUCGCAAGCCUGGCCAGAUCUGGGUUUUUUACACCAACGAAGCCCCGUCCAGAUUUUCUUGGUUCGUCAGCGUAAACAGAACUGGCAUUCGAGAGCAGAUCAACUUGACCAUGACGCACAAACUGGACAGCGAUAUACCCAUUGUAUACGGGAGACUGACGGAAAGUGAACAACUGGUGGAGAAGGACUAUGAUGAGAUCUACGCAAGGAAAAACAGAACUGCAGCCUGGUUCGUCAGUCACUGUCCGGUGAGGUCCGACAGGAGAAUCUACGUCACCAGGAUGCAGACAAGAACUGACGUUGAUGUGUUUGGGUCAUGCGGAACUCUAAGUUGUGGCCAGGCGGAGAUAAUCCCAGGAGUUGCUGCCAUGAGAAAUGAUGCUGACAGGAGCACUUGCUUCCCCUUGCUGUCCAGGACUUACAAGUUCUACCUGGCCUUUGAGAACUCGCUGUGCCAAGAGUACGUCACGGAGAAGUUCUUCAAGAUCUUCAACAAUGUCGAUGUGGUUCCUGUCGUGAGGGGAGGUGCAGACUACAAGAGCUAUUUCCCACCUGGUACGUUCGUGGAUGCGGCAGAUUUCAGUUCACCGGAAGCUCUGGCUGAUUACCUUGACGACCUUGGUAACGACAAACCAAGGUACAUCUCCUACCUUAGGAAGAAGAACAGGUACCAAGCUGUACGAGAUUCCCCAAGCUGGCAGUGUAAGUUGUGUGAGAAGCUUCACGUUGAUCCCCUGCAGAAGUCCUAUGACAACAUCCACGCAUGGUUCACUACAAACUCUUGUGUGGAUCCUAUAGAUGUUCUCUGA